GGUUGGCCAUCUAACAGGUCAGACGCACCAUUAGAGACUUGCCCUUACUGGAGCUAUGGCGAUGAACUGAGUUGUUAUGACGGUCUCAUUUUUCGAGGAGAACAAUUAAUCAUUCCAGCCAGCGAAAGGGCGAUCACAUUAGAGAAACUUCACCAAGCACAUCUUGGCAUAGAACUAACAUUACGUAAGGCCAGAGAUGUUAUAUUCUGGCCAGGUAUGAAUAAGCAAAUAACAGAAAUGGUUUCCAAAUGCUCACUCUGUUUGGAGCACAGAAACAGCCAAUGUAAAGAGCCUAUGUUACCUCAUGAAAUACCGGACAGACCUUGGUCAAAAGUAGGCGCGGAUUUGUUUGAGUUGUACAAAGAAAACUACCUUCUAUUAGUGGGCUACUAUUCAAACUUUUUUGAGGUAAUGAAGCUAACGAGUACGAAAACACCAACUAUAAUUAAGCAUUGUAAAACCAUCUUUGCAAGACACAGCAUUCCAGAUGUUUUAAUCUCGGACAAUGGACCCCAAUUCGACAAUGCAGAAUUCAAGCAAUUUGCAAAAGAAUGGAUUUUCACACACAAGACAUCGAGUCCACAUUACCCCGAAGAGCAACGGUCUUGCCGAACGCACAAUCCAGACCUUAAAGAAAGUCCUAAAGAAGGCACGCAAGGAAGGAACAGAUCCCAAUUUGGCAAUCCUCGAGCUUCGCAAUACACCGAAAAACAACGACCUUGGUUCACCAGCUCAACGACUUUUAGUCGUAGAACAAAAUCCUUGUUGCCAGUCAGCGACCAGCUUCUGAAGCCAAAAGUAGUUGAAAAUGUUACAACGAAUCUUAAGAAGGAACGAGAUAGACAAAAGAGAUACUAUGACCAGCACACCGCAUAG